AUGCUUGUGAUCAAAUCGGAGGCGCGGGAUCGGAGGCUGCAGUGUCGGACGAAUCGGCUGACGUCGUUUCAAGGAUUUCCUGACGUCGUUUCGAGAAUCCGAUUCUGCGAGUCGCCUGUCGUCGUUGGGAGCCAGGCGUUCGCUUCGACAUCGCAGGACAAGACCAAAGAGCAGAACGCCUCAAGUAAAGGCGUGGCUCGCAGGAGUGGCAGAGCAGCGGACAGAGUAUGCACGGGCAGCCGGACCAACGGAGCACAAGCUGCUUUCUCUUCCAACACAGGAGCACUCCGGCCAUACUGCCUCCCCACAAUCCAGCACUCAAGGGGGCAGUGCCUGAAGCGACUCAGGGGUCACCAGUGCUUGCAACAGCGGCUGUAUGAUCAUUCUCCUGCGUCUGGAGCUGCAGAUUCUCCUGCGUCUGGAGCUACAGAUUCUCCUGCGCCUGGAGCUGUAGAUUCUCCUGCGCGCCUGGAGCUGCAGAUUCUCCUGCGCCUGGAGCUGCAGAUUCUCCUGCGCGCCUGGAGCUGCAGAUUCUCCUGCGCCUGGAGCUGCAGAUUCUCCUGCGCGCCUGGAGCUGCAGAUUCUCCUGCGCCAGGAGCUGCAGAUUCUCCUGCGCCUGGAGCUGCAGAUUCUCCUGCGCGCCUGCCUCACAAUCCUCCUCCAUGCACGGAGCCACCGUGCCUGCAGCCCAAGGGGGCCGCCCAUGACUCGU